CGCCGCAGCCAAUCGCGGAGAACGCCGUCCCGGAGCAAGGAGGCUGUGGGGAGAGACCGACCAGCACCGGAGAUGUUUUCGAGCCUGGCCCCGGCGGCCGCAGGGGCGGCUGCAGCGGCGACGGAGACACCGGCGGCGGCGGCCACCCGGAGGUCCUCGCUCAGGGGGUGAACCCUUGCGCGCCCGCCGAGCCUCGGGUCCAGGAUGAGAAGACUGAUAGAAGAAGCAGCUAGCUGAACAGCUAUAAAAUGCCCAAAUCUGGGUUCACAAAGCAAGUUCAGAGUGAAAAUUCUGACAGUGACAGCAAUAUGGUAGAGAGACCAUAUGGAAGAAAGAGUAAAGACAAGAUUGCAUCUUACAGCAAAACUUCAAAAAUUGACCGAAGUGAUAUGGGCAAGGAAAUGAAAGAAAAAUCAUCCAUGAAACGUAAACUUCCUUUUACCAUCAGCCCAUCUAGAAAUGAGGAACGAGAUUCAGACACAGAUUCAGACCCAGGACAUACAAGUGAGAAUUGGGGGGAGAGACUUAUAUCUUCUUACAGGACAUACUCAGAGAAAGAAGGUCCAGAAAAGAAGAAAACAAAAAAAGAAGCUGGAAAUAAGAAAUCCACCCCAGUUAGCAUUCUUUUUGGUUACCCACUCUCUGAGCGAAAGCAGAUGGCGCUUCUGAUGCAGAUGACAGCAAGGGACAACAGUCCAGAUUCCACACCAAGUCAUCCAUCACAGGCAACGCCGGCUCAGAAGAAGACUCCCAGUUCUUCAUCUCGACAAAAAGAUAAGAUUAAUAAAAGAAAUGAGCGUGGCGAAACUCCUUUACACAUGGCGGCUAUUCGAGGAGAUGUAAAGCAAGUCAAAGAGCUAAUAAGUUUGGGAGCAGAUGUGAAUGUGAAGGACUUCGCAGGUUGGACACCUUUGCAUGAAGCUUGCAAUGUUGGGUAUUAUGAUGUUGCUAAAAUACUCAUAGCAGCUGGAGCAGAUGUUAACACACAAGGGUUAGAUGAUGACACCCCCCUCCACGAUUCUGCCAGCAGCGGGCACAGAGAUAUAGUGAAACUGUUGCUUCGUCAUGGUGGGAAUCCAUUUCAAGCUAAUAAACAUGGAGAGCGUCCAGUGGACAUGGCAGAGACAGAGGAGCUGGAGUUGCUGCUGAAGAGAGAGGUGCCUCUGUCUGGUGAUGAUGAAAGUUACACAGAUUCAGAAGAGGCUCAGUCUGUAAAUCCUUCAAGUGUUGAUGAAAAUAUUGACUCAGAGACAGAAAAAGACUCUUUUGUUUGCGAAAGCAAAACUCUCCCAAGCAAAGCCCCGCUCGCAUCUGCUCUUGAUGAAUACGAGUUCAAAGAUGAUGAUGAGGAAGAGAUGAGUAAGAUGAUCGACGACAGGCACAUUCUUCGGAAGGAACAGCGGAAAGAGCAUGAGUCUGAAGCAGAAAGGAGUGGUCUGUUUGCUAAACAGGAGAAAGCCUUCUAUUCUAAGUCAUUUAAAACUAAAAAACAGAAGCCAUCAAGGGUUCUGUAUUCUAGUACUGAAAGUUCUGAUGAGGAAGUUCUUCAGAACAAAAAGAUUUCUACCGCAUGCUCCGUUGCUGAAACAUCAAAUUCUGAUACACAAGCCAAAAAAGAUUAUGAAUACAAACAGAAAGGCAAAGUUAAAAGAAAAUUAAAAAAUCAGAAUAAAAACAAAGAGAACCAAGAGCUGAAACAGGAAAAAGAGGGGAAAGAAAAUACCAGAAUAACAAACUUGACAGCUAAUACUACACUGGAUUGUCCGGAAAAAAACAGAGAGGAGGGGAGUUUUAGGAAAUCUUUCAGCCCAAAAGAUGAGACUUCAUUACACUUAUUUCAUAUUUCCACUGGUAAAUCUCCCAAACAUUGUUGUGGACUAAGUGAAAAGCAGUCAACACCAUUAAAGCAAGAACAUACUAAAGCAUGUAUUUCACCGGGAAGUUCUGAAGUGUCUUUACAGACUGAUCUAGCUCGGUAUGACAGUACGGAACCAGAGUUCUUGCCAGAAAGUUCAAAUGUAAAAUCUUAUAAGCACAAGGAAAAAAACAAACAUCAGAAAGAUUUCCACCUAGAAUUUGGUGAAAAGUCAAAUGCCAAAAUAAAAGAUGAAGAUCAUAAUCCAGCAUUUGAAAACUCAGAGUGCAUGCUGAAAAAGAUGGAUAAAGAGGGCAAAACACUGAAAAAACAUAAACUGAAGCAUAAAGACAGGGAUAAAGAAAAGCACAAAAAAGAAGGUGAAGGUGAAAAGGAAAAAUACAAAAACAAAGAUAAUGCUAAAGAGCUACAGAGGAGCAUUGAAUUUGACAGAGAGUUUUGGAAAGAGAAUUUUUUUAAAAGUGAUGAAACUGAAGAUCUCUUUUUAAAUAUGGAACAUGAGUCCUUAACAGAAAAAAAGUCAAAAGUGGAAAAAAACAUGAAAGAUGACAGAUCGGCCAAGGAAAAGCAUUCCUCAAAAGAGAGGAACUUUAAAGAAGAACGGGAAAAGACUAAAAAGGAAAAUGACAAAUCUCUUAGGGAAGAAAAGCUGAAAGAUACAAAAGAAGAAAGAGACAGUGUAUCCACAGAGAAAGAAGCAGAAUGCAGUUCUGUGGGUGUCAAUGUAAACCAGGAAGCUAUAGGGCUACAUUCAUUAGAAAAGGAAAUGGACUUUGAAAAACAAGAAAAGCAUACAAAAGAAAGGGAAAAAUUUGACAAACGAUUUCAAACUAAAGAAAAAGAGGUUGACAAGACUGAAAGAAAAUUUUCCGAAAAAGAAAAGAAGAUAAAACAUGAACAUAAGUCAGAAAAAGAGAAAUUGGAUUUUAGUGAAUGUGUUGACAGAAUAAAAGAAAAGGAGAAGCUAUAUUCACAUCAAACAGAAAGGUGUCAUAAAGAAGGUGAGAAGAUGAAAAAUACUAUUAAAAAAACUGAUGACAGAGAGAGAAACAGAGAAAAAAUGGACAGAAAGCAUGACAAAGAAAAACCUGAAAAAGAAAGGUGUUUAGCAGAAAGCAAAGAAAAGCACUUGGAGAAGAAAAAGCAAUCUGAUAAUACUGAGUAUACUAAAUCAGAGAAGGUGAGAAAUAAAGAGAAAGAUAGGGAAGGAGAUAAGAAGGAAAAACUUAGAGAUAAAGAAAGUAUAAUUGUAACUAACUCCAGACAUACACAAGAAGAGAAAAAACCAGGUAUAGGAGACAGUGCUAGUAAAACCCAGCAUGAGAAAAUUGUAUCCCUUAAAGAAAAGGCAAGGGAUGAGCCUUUGAAAAUUCCAGAUGGAAAAGAGAAAGAUAAAAAAGAUAUAGACAGAUACAAAGAACGAGACAAACGUAGAGAUAAAGCUCAACUAAAUACUUUACUCAGACUGAAGUCUGACACAGAUAAGCCUAAACCUAAACCAUCCCCAGCACCAAAAGAUGCUCGGCCCAAAGAGAAGAGGCUAGUUAGUGAUGACCUAAUGCAGACAAGUUUUGAACGAAUGCUCAGCCUCAAAGACCUAGAAAUAGAACAGUGGCACAAAAAACAUAAGGAGAAAAUUAAGCAAAAAGAAAAAGAACGGUUAAGAAAUCGCACUAGUUUAGAACUUAAAGUAAAAGAUAAAGAAAAAACAAAACAUACACUCACUGAAUCAAAAAAUAAAGAACUUACCAGGUCAAGAAGUUCAGAGUUGACCGAUGUUUAUAACAAGGAGAAACAAUGUAAAGAUGUUGGAAGUAAUCGAUCACAAUCUGUUGACACCAAAACUGUAUUGAACUUAGCGAAGCCGUCCUUUAUUUCAGAGAAUAGCUCAAACCGGUCUCCGAGGUCAGAAGGUGAGAAGCUGGGUCUUAGCUCCAGAUCCGUGUCCAUGAUUUCUGUUGCUAGUUCAGAAGAUUCCUGCCAAACAGUCACCACCCCACGGCCUCUGGUUGAGUAUGACUCUGACUUUAUGUUAGAGGGUUCUGAAUCUCAGUUGUCAUUUUCCCAGUCACCUUUUUUGCCAAAUGCCAAAUCUCCAGCUCUUUAUGAAAAGGAGCUGGAGAGCCUCGCUGAACUACCAGAGCGACUUAAACCACCGUUUACAAACCGGCUUCCAGUAUGCCACCUCAGGUCAUCUUCUGUGGAAGAUGUUAAAAUAGUUACUAGUGAGGUAAGACCUGCUGUAGAAAUCAGAAGAUGUAGCAUGCCCUCAGUCAUUUGUGAACCCAUAAAACACUUCCAAGUAUCAGAAGAAAGCAAUCAAGGCAGCUUAGCUGUGCCAAGAGAGACCUGUUCUUCUCCCAAGCCUGAAGUAUCUUCAUCAGUCCCUGAAAGAGGCCUUUCUCAUGUGUCUGACUCACAUGCCAGCUUUACAGGCUCCCCACCAAGGUCUGUAAACAGCAGGUAUAUAUCAUCUGAUACAAAUGUAAUUAAGAGUGCUGCUCUUGGGGGUACUUUGAUUGACAGUUCGAUGCAUUUGGAACCAUCCAACCAGGUUGGAGUGAUCCAAAGUAAAUCAUGGGAGAUACCUGUUGAUAAACUGGAGUCUUUAAGCACCAACAACUUUAUCUGCCCAGAUUCUGGUAUACUUGGUCAAGAUUCCUCUGCUCAGAGUUUUUGUAAUUCAGAAAACAAAAUGUUAAGAGAACAAAACACUGAUUGCCUACCCCAGCACCAGACUGAACUGCCAGGAAAUGCGUGUGCUCAGGACCCAGCAUCCUUCCUCUCCUCACCUCAACCCUGCUCUUUUUCCAGCCAGUCACUUUCAGAUGCUGAAUCUGCUCCUAAACACAUGUCUUUGUCAUAUAUUGCCAAUCCAGAGUCAGGUGUUUUACUACAGAGAAAUGCCACUCCUAUGAUCAGUUCUGUUUUAGAUAGUGAUAAUAACCUUACAAAGGAUGUGGAAAACACGUUUGUCUUAGCAGACAUUCAGAAGGCAAAUUCUUUUGUACCAGUUUACUCUGAAAGCACUAUUCAGGAUACACUCCCAAACUUUGAGAAGGUGAAUUCUUUGUUUGUGUUGCCAUCAGAAAAGGACCUCAGUGGGAGAGAUACUGCUUCUCAGCCAAAUACACAUUAUGCAUUUAGCAAACUCACAUACAAGUCUUCCGGUAGCCAUGAAGUUGAGAAGAGCACAGAUGAUACUCAAGGUAUUUCACAGGAAAAAGAAAACAAACUGCAAAGUUUGGUCCUAACCCAGUUGAGUAAAUGUGAUUCUAAUUUGUAUGAAAUGAAUGCAGGGAUGCCAAAAGUAAACCUCAGUGAACAGGAUAAUCCAAAGCAUGGUACUGAUAGUGAAAAGUACUCACUUUCCAUUGAAGAUGAAGAAUCUCAGCAGAGCACUUUGUCAAGUGUGGAAAACCAUGCACAGCAGUCAGCCCAGCCAGAGAUGCAUAAAUAUGACCAGCUAAUUAAAGUAGAAUUAGAAGAAAAUGCUGAAGACGAUAAAACUGAAAGCCAAACCCCUCAAAGAAUGACUAGAAACAAAGCGAGUACGAUGGUAAAUCAAAGCAAGCAAAUUCUUGCUGGCUGUACACUUUUACCAGAAAAAGAGAGUGAAUCCUCCCCGAGGGGAAGAAUAAGACUCCCUGAGGAGGAUGACCCUCAGACUCACCAUCCUCGGAAAAGAAAGGUGUCGCGGGUCCCUCAGCCUGUGCAAGUGAGUCCCUCCUUACUACAAGCAAAGGAGAAAACCCAACAAUCUCUAGCAGCCAUCGUAGACUCUCUGAAGCUAGAUGAGAUUCAGCCAUACAGUUCAGAGAGAGCAAAUCCAUAUUUUGAAUAUUUGCACAUACGGAAAAAAAUUGAAGAAAAACGCAAGUUACUUUGUAGUGUCAUUCCUCAAGCUCCUCAGUACUACGAUGAAUAUGUGACAUUUAAUGGGUCAUACCUCCUGGAUGGAAACCCCCUCAGCAAGAUUUGUAUUCCUACAAUCACACCACCACCUUCGCUGUCAGAUCCACUUAAAGAGCUCUUUCGGCAACAGGAAGUAGUAAGGAUGAAGCUACGUUUGCAACAUAGUAUUGAAAGGGAAAAACUCAUUGUAUCCAAUGAACAAGAAGUUCUUCGAGUCCAUUACAGAGCCGCAAGAACGCUGGCGAAUCAGACGCUGCCGUUCAGUGCUUGCACUGUCUUACUGGACGCAGAGGUGUACAGUGUCCCCCUGGACUCGCAGUCUGAUGACAGUAAAACUUCUGUGAGAGAUCGAUUUAAUGCAAGACAGUUCAUGUCCUGGUUACAAGAUGUGGAUGAUAAAUUUGACAAACUAAAGACCUGUCUUUUAAUGAGACAGCAACACGAAGCUGCAGCUUUAAAUGCCGUCCAGAGACUAGAAUGGCAGCUCAAACUCCAGGAGCUCGACCCUGCCACCUAUAAGUCUAUCAGUAUUUAUGAGAUCCAGGAGUUCUAUGUUCCCCUCGUUGAUGUUAAUGAUGAUUUUGAGUUGACUCCUAUAUAGCAGUUGGUACCGUCUCGAACCAACGACGUCCACGCGUUAUACUGUGGAACGCCGCCCUUUAAGAAAGCCCCUGACGCUGUGUCUCUACAGCUGUUAGUGAAGCUAACUAAAGCUGGUUGGGUAGUAAACACUGUCAUUUUAUAAAAAUUUUAAAAAUAUUUUGGAUCUUUGGUCCAAAUACAGUUUCUAACAGAAAACUAUUAUUUAUAUUGAUCAAAGGUAACUGUUGCAUUAGAGCAUGUUGGCAAACUGAGUAGAUCUUUAAAAAGUUGUGAAAAUCUGUUAACAGCGCUGGAAGUUGUUAGCACUCCAAGUAACAAGAUACAAAUAACACUCAGAUCUCUUGCAGGUUUUAUUAAAAAUACAUGAAUAAACGCAAAGAUUCAGUUCCUACCAAAUAGAUUCUAAUGUGGAAGAAAAUCUUGGCACAAAAUCUUUAGUUUAUUUUAUUUGUAAAUGAAUUGUACAGUUUUCUUUUUUGAAAGUUUUAAUAUUGUCUUCCUUUUUAAUAACUUAUUUUAUAUAUAUUGUACAUCUUGUAAUUAAUGGUCAAAUGUAUACAAGAAACUGACCCUCAACAUGUGUACAAAGAUGUCUGUAAAACUGUCUGUUCUUUUGGACCAAAGUUGUAGUUUUGGAGUGUAAUAGCCAUGUGUUCGGAUAGUAACCCUUUAAAUAAGGCAUGCAUGUGUUUGAGUUAGCUUGCGUCCAUCCCAUAACUGAAAAGAUGGUGGCUUCGUUGUAUCGCAUGCUUUCUAUAAUUUAACUCUUUCCAUAACUGAUGCCUGAGACAGUAUGAGACUUCUCAGACCAGUUUUCUUUGAGAGAACCUGGGACUUUUUGUGUUGAACACCUUACUUAGAAUUAGUCAUACAAAGAAGCUUUAGCUCUUUUUCUCACUGGAGACAGUCUGUUUCCCCAGAACAACAACAAAUGCCUUUGAAUGGAAAUUCUGAAAUUGUAAAUGUCUAUUUUAAUAUUCAACUAUGAAAGAACCUGUAAAUAUAUGUAAAUAUGUUUAAUAAAUUUUAUUGGUCAUGUUAAAUCAUUGUAAACUUUUUUACAUUGCUUAAAUUUAAUCUUUUAAGCUUAAUAGCCUUUGCACUUUUAAAAUAAAAAUUGAAUGCGCAAAUCAAAGUGAGAUACUUGGUAGUCAAAAUAAGUAAAAGAUUUAGGAAUAUUCCAGUCCCUGAAAUGUUCAUGAGAUUUUUAUUACUGUGUGGUAUUUUUCCUUUUAUCAAAAUGUAAAAACAUGUAAUUUGUAAAAUUUCAUAAUUGAAAUAAGAUUUCAUAUGUUUUUUAUAGUAAAAUAAUGAGCAAUAUACUUAGGACAGUCUAUCCUGUGAUGUGAUGUAGAUCAGAUAUUUAGGAAUGCUUCAGAUAUAAAACCUGCUGCUGAAGUUGUAAGACCUUUGGAAAGGAAAAUUAAGCUAAUCUAAAAUCAUCGGAAGUAAAUGAGAUGAACAUUUAUGAACCCUGCCACAAUGCUGUCUUGAAUUAUGAAAUAAUACUAGAAAUUUCCAAUUUUGAUCAGGAAAGAUAAAAAGAAUAUAUGAUGUGGUAAAUGGUUUAAAUUCAACUCACAAGUUGGAAAUUGCAGCUAGUAAAAGAAAAUAAUAGUUUUUGUAGUGCAAAGGUACAUAUUAAGCUUAGGGAUUUUUGAAUUUUUACAUCAAUUUAUAUUUUUAUUCUUACUGUACUGGCAUGCGCAAUAAAGCAGCACGUGUGAAGAAUACACAGUGCAAGGAUUUAAUAAAGGUUGGAUGUAGUUUUCCUUAGAAAUUUAGAUGAAAGACUUUGGCCUUUUCAUUGAAUAAAUGGGGCCAGAAAGGCAGGGUAGAUUUUGAAGCACUGGUUUUUGUUGAAGUUAUGUUUAUUAAAGCUGGGAACAUUAGAAGCUAAUUUAUAAAAGCAAUACUAUUUAAUACAAAACAACUUAAUGCAAAGUUUGUUUAUACUUUAGCCUAGAAAGGAAAUUUGGUGAGCUUGUGUGGCAAACCCACAAAAAUUUUUUUAAAAAUUAUUGAACAUUCAAGAAAACAAGAGAGGAGUAAAUCUGUAGAGCAUUUUGUUCUGAUGUCCAGCCAGGGAAAAGGUGAGGAAGUCAUGCUGACCACACAGAGCAGGCGGUUGGAAAAGAGAGAAGAGAGGAGAAGAGCAGCCGCACUUAAGCAGGGACCCGCAGGUGCCGCAGUCAGCCCAGCUGUCUAGCCUUAACUGCUCACCCUCUGCCGCGGUAGCUCCAGCAGCCGGAGGCUCUGCACACCAUCAGGACAGCUAAGUUGCCGAAACUUCGUACGUGUGACUUAGACAUAGCUAAGGACCCGUGAUGUUAGAGACUUUCUAAAAGUCUGACGUACUAGAGGAACAAACUCGGGGUGGAGGAUAUGCCUAAAAAGGUUUGGAUUCUCAAAGAAAAAUACGGAUGCUUAACUUAAUCAGUGAUUCUCUUUAAACAUCAUGAACAAGAUACUAAAUUGUACCUAAGGAUUUGUAUUUCUUUAAGUCUUGUUCUGAAUCAUAUCUGUUUAAUAAAUGACUAGUUAAUAUUUGUGCAUGUUAUUUAAUAAAGAGUUAUAUUUUUAUAGAAAAAAAAUAAGAGUGAAAUGUGUGCUAAGUGUUUUUUACUUAAUGUUCCACUCCUGUAUAAUUAAGUGAAACACCAGUGUUUACUUGGGCCUCCAGCAAGAUGGCAGAAAUACUCAUCUUGUGAAAACAAUCCCAUUGAAAUCAAGUCAGGAGAGGUCUCAGAAAUGAAUUGUCAGAGACAUGCUGCACAAUUCCCAAAGCCCAUGAACCUCAUUUGAGUGACACUUGGAAUCCUUGUGCUCCAAGAAACCAAGUGCAAGCCAAGAUCGUUUUCUUUCUCAGAAAGUUGGCAGUGUCUUUGAUUCUACCUCUACUGCUGUCACAUAUAAACUCCCAAAAUUUCUGUACAGGCUAUUGACUAGUUAAGGGAAACAUUUCACCAUUAAAAAAAAAAAAUUUUUUUAACCAGGAAGGUGGUUCAUUCCAGUAAUCACAGCAUUUGGGAAACUGAGGCCAGAGGAUUGCCAUGAGUUCAAUGCCAGAUCACACCCACGUGAGACCCUGUCUCAGAAUAACAAUAAUACCAGUAAAAUUUCCAUUCAAACAGAAGUCAAAGAUAAAAUCAUUAAGGAUGUGUGUAAUGUUUAGUGUUUAAAUUUUCAUUGCUUUGUUUUGUUUUUGAGACAGGGUCUCACUAUGUGGGUUUGGCGGCCUGGUACUUGGUAUAUAGACCAAACUAGCCUCAAAUUCAGAAAUCUGCCUCCUCCUGCCUCCCACGUGCUAGGAUUCAAGGUGUGCACCACCACACCGAGCUAAAUUUUCUUGCAAUUCAUUAUCUUGUUGAUGGCUUCUUAGAAGUUUUGUCUGUAAUUAAGAGGGAGCUAAAGAACCCACAGGACAGUCACCAGAAUUUGUUCAGUCAUGCAAACUAGGAUUCAUAAAAGAAAUUGAGCCAGAUAAAGUAAAUAAUUCCAUUAACUCAGACUGCUCUAACUCUGUAGAAUUCUCAGGGUUAGCACAAAAGUAGCAAGAAAUACAGCUAGAGGGUUGCCCAGGUUUCCCUGUGAGUAAAUGCAUACAGCAUCAACAGUAAGAGACUUUUUUGAUCAUUAGACAUACUUCUGUCAGAGGAAAUAAUGUGACAUUUUUGCCUAAAGAUAGCCAGUCCUUGCUCACAUGGGGAAUCAGUGUUUUAUGUGCAAACCUAAGAAAUGGCAAGCACAUUUGUUUUUUAAAAUACAUUAAAAAAAAUGGUUACUAUAUCCAACUCUUCGGCUAGCACUAGAUGAAAAGCCUUUAUGUAGCUGUUUCCCCCUUCUUUUUAGAAUGAUGUUACAUACUUGUGUUCACAGAUGAAAAAGAACUUGUAACCCCGCAUUCAGCUUUACAAUGUUUAUCAAUACUUUUUUAAACAUAGUUAUGAUUUAGGUCUAAUUUUUUUAAAACAAUCCAGACCUAAGUAAGCAGUUUUAUAACUCCUUGUUACAAGUACCCAACUCCCCCCCCCAAAAAAAGUUUUUUUUUCAUCACCCCAGAAAGCCCCUCAAUCCUCAGUCCAUGCUGUCUCCCCCAGAGGCCACAGCUGGGCUGCUUGCUGUCCCUCUGUGUUAGUCCCUAGUCCCUGCUGUCGUGGAAGUGAACUCACGUAGUAUAUACCUGUGUCUGCCUUCCUCAAGCAGAUUUUGAAAUUGCUAUGUGUUUCGUAUAUCAGUAACAAGUAGUAAUUUUUAAUGACUCGUGUACUGUACAAAUGUGCUCUCUUGUUGUUAGUAUGUGGAUUGUUUACAGCUUGGGGUGUUGUGAAUAAACCUGUGGACGUGGAAACCGUAA